CCGUGAAACAGUAUUUCUUGAAAAUUAUCAGUUUUUUGAUAAGCUUUUUCACGAGGUAUAUGGUUAUAAUAAGGUUUUAGCACAAAAGCCAAAACCUUAUAAAAUUAACUUGUUAUUAGAAUUAGCAUUUCAGGGUUGGUCUCAA